CUGGGAAAGGUUGGCGAGAAAAACACACAAAGUGCAAAAGUAAGCGGACAUUACGUUUUGAACGUAGUAAAACACGAGGAUGCCCCGCCCACUGGUGGAAGACGAAUACGCGCGCGUCAGGAAUUCCUGAUACCCACUGUCAUCGGUCGGUGCAUUGCAUAAUGCUACGCAACCUGCCGGUACACUUUUUCUUUAUAGCGGCGCCUUGCUUUGAAAAGCAUUUCCAAUUAAGCCGGCCAGCCGAAGGAAAGAAGGCGGCGUUGUGCAUGCAGUGUUGCAAUCUUCGCAGACAGCUCGCUGCGCGUGGCGGCCCGAAGGAAGAAGCUGGAAACACUGGGCGCGUCCGGGCUCGGAUCAGACCAUUGCAGCCUCGUCGGCGACGCUGCAGCUGCGGCAACGCACGGGACUAGGUCCACGUAUCGUUCCUUCUUCCGAAAGCAGGUCGGAGAACGGCGAGGAAGGUGGCCCGUCCGCCUUCGGCUCCUGUCCGAGCACCGGCGCCGUUCGCGUGGACCGCGCCGGUGGAGACAACCCUGCGUGGUGCGCAGCGAGGCGCGCCUGGCGGCUUCGAUGCAAUGCAGGCCAUGAGCGGAGGCGGCUCACCGGGCUAUGGCGUUCUCGCUGAAGAAGCUCUUGCUGGCCUGCUUCCUGGCCGCGUGCGGCGUGGCGCUGCUCAGCACGCCGCUGCUGCUGCGCUUCUCGGUGUACUCGCAGCGGAGCCUGCCCAUGGGAUACCAGGACGUGAUCCCGCUGCGCCAGCACAGCUCGACCUUCUGGUGCGAGAACAUGACGACCAUGUCGUCGCACACGUUCAAUGCCUACCUGUACGACGGCGCCGAGCCGAACGUCACGGAGCACUCUGUGCAGAAUCGGCGCGUGCACGUGCGGGUGGCAUCGUACUACUACCUGGGCAUGUACUUCCUGCGAGGCUCUCGCGUCUCCGUCACCUGCUGCCCAGCCGGCCGAGGGACGAAGCUGCACCUGAUCGCCGGACCCGGGAAGCUCGAACAGUGCCUGAGCACCGUCGCGGGAAGGAACGGCUCAUCCAGCAACGACUUGUUCCCGGUGCCGCCAGUGCGGGGCCCUAUCUUGGACUCGCAGAUCAGUCGCAACAGCACGGGCUGGUCCGUGCGGUGCGCCUCCGAGGCGUCCGUCGACUUGGUGCCGGACGCCUGCGGCGGUGCCGGCCCUCUUAGACCUCGGCCUGUGCUGUGGCACGAGACGCCGGCGGACGGCUACUACUACCUGCUCUUCCUGAACGACCCGGCGAGCGAGGCGUACAACGACGUGCAGCUCGGGGUGACUGCGUGGCGGCGCGUGUUUGACCGCAACCAGACCCUGGACGCGUGCCGCGAGGCGCUCAACUGCAGCCUGCCGCUGGCCUUCUUGUCGCAACAGUUCGUGGUGGCCGAGCGCAGCCGCAGCACGCCCGCCCGCACCGAGCCGGUGUUCGUGCAUGCGCGGUGCGAGCCCCGCCGCAAGGUCUACUUCCUCUUCUACCUGGCGUUCGCCGUGCUCUUCCUGGUCACCGCCUUCCAGUGAGCCCACGGCGAGAAAGCCUUCGCCCGUCGUGCCUUUCUUUCCUGCGGACGACUCGAACAGCCAGCGGCUUGAGGGACGCUGGAUUCAGGCGAAGAUUGCGCCACCUGUGCACUCGAGACUACACGAACGGACUGCAACAGCAGCUUCUAGCAGUGUCUGCAAUCAGACUGUCCGUACGUCUGACGUCACCAUCGCAACGACUCGGGUCAACUCAGCCCUGGGUUGUGGUUAUCUUUAGUGUUUACAGGCGUUGUAAAUACAGCGAAUGAUUUUUUUUUUCAUCUGACACUACUGUGCUUCUAGUAUUCGGAGCUUCCAAGAACUGCUAAGACAACGCUUAAUAGCAGUAGCUCGUAACAGAUCUAGGACCGCUGUCUUCUGAGGCGUUUUGGAUGGAAAGGUGAAGUCUGUUGCGUUUGUCAGAACUGCGUGCGAAACUAAUGAGAUUCACGCAUUUGGCCCUGCGAAGCCUGCAUGUGUAUGUGUGUUUGUCGCUAUUUCCAUUGUUACGUUAAACCGCAGCAUAGCUGCCAAAGUGUGCGCACACACUC